GUAACAUCUGAAAUUAUUAAAAAAAUAGUUUUAAUAAAUCAUCUAAACUGCUUUUAUUGAAUAUAAAUAAUACAUCAAGUAAUGAGUUAUGGCUUCAAAUGAUCAGAAAUGCUUUAAUAUACUUAAAUUAAGCUAUUACUGUUUACUAUACAUAAGUCAUACAUUAAACCAAAUAUACCACUUGAUGGUAAGUAAGUGUAAGUGUAAUCAGUGUUACAAAUCUAACCAAAGUCGCAGUGGCCCUUUAACUAACGAGAUCCAGUAUCAAACACAACUACUGAAUCAGACAGCAUAUAGACAGACAUUGAAGGGCAUUCAGCGGAAGUCUAACGGUCGCUCCCGUAUGCCGUCAUCGGAGUACAACUACCAUCAUCCAUCGCAGACGAGUUUCAGCUGCCUCGUGCGACCAGCGUUAUCUGGACACAAUUUCGUUCAGGCUAUUGGAGUUUGAGAUUGCAUUCAAAUAUACAUAUUUGCUGCUUUUGUGACUGCUUAAGACAUUCUCUACAAGUUUGAGAAAUGCUGCUAAAGUGAGUGUCUUUGGCCGACUCUUUCUUGAACCGACAUACGGUUUACGGCUUAUGACCAUAGAUAUAUAGCAGCAUACUUGUAAGUAUUAUUUCAGAUAUAAACAAGAAAAUUCUUGCUAAAAGAGUUAAAUAUGAUUGUGAAUUUAUGAGCUUUUUCUUUCACCCAGGGAACCAGAU